AGAAGAGACCUUAAGGGAAUAAGUAUGGUAAGCAGUGGCUCGGUAAAAGUUCAAUGGUCAUUGGAAUUUGGAGCUUGAUUAGAACCGGUGCGUUACGGUAUGAGUAUGGAAGCGCACUAUUAUUCAUGGGUCACCGGUUAACUUGUUGUCGUCAAACAUGGGUAGAACUUUAUGAUGGAGGUCUAGAAGAUUGGAAGAACUCCCCUCCCUCCGGUCAUUGCGGCUAUCAAAACAACGGUGCAGAUUUUUCCGAGGAGGAUUCCGGUUUGAAUAUCAAAAGUCGUGUAACCUUAGCUAGCUAUACCCCUACCAACCUACUUAAUGAGCCUGUUGUUACACACAGUACCACACAGCACAUUAGCGAGCGGGAGCCUGAAGACAUUGAAUUCGAUCCUUCACUUAACGCAUCGCAGCACACGUUAUUUUUUUCUGGUGUUACUCCGAAAUCACAAGGUAACAUAAUUGUCCUAACAACCGUUGUUUUAAAAUUUAGAUUUUAGUAGGCGCUUGACGACCAAAGCAGCGAUGAAAAUUUCUGAAAACUGUGGUACGAAGCGAUGGAGCUCAUGCAGUACUGUCUUUGUUGGGGACGGCUGUUUGGCUCGACCUGACGUAAACGAUAUGCUAUGGAGUGCGUCUGUUGCAAUCCGACUCCUUAUGAGCAGCGAUUUGAACAGAUAUUUUUCAAAGCAGUUACAUAAAGGUGACGCCUCUCACACAGCAGAGCAUCUGUGUUCAGAGUAUUUUCAGGACAUGUAUGAAGAUGUAUAUAAAACGUUCGAUGAACGUAUUUACCCUGUUGAGCACUCGGUGUGUGAUGAAAAUUCCAAAACUAGUGCUACGGGUGAUCGCGAAUAUCCUGAUGCUAGAACCAUACAGCAGUUUUUACGUGGCCUUUUCAGCACGGCAAUAUUAGGACCUGAGUGUGCAAUUGUUGCUCUUAUAUUCCUUGAACGACUUAUUGUGGGAGCUGAAGUGGCUAUGAUAUCAUGGACUUGGCGUCGUCAACUUUUGGCUUGCGUUCUUCUUGCCAGCAAGGUUUUAGACGACCAAGCUGUGUGGAAUAUUGAUUAUUGCCAAAUUCUGCGGGAUAUCCAUGUUGAAGACUUAAAUGCUUUAGAAAGGCAUACAUUGCGAUUACUACAGUUCAAUAUCAAUGUGCCAUUCGGUGUAUAUGCUAGAUACUAUUUUGACCUACUAACAGUUGGUGAAACAGCUGGAGUUGCAAAUCAAAUCAUCAGACGAAAACGUCUCACUCCUGAAAGGGCACGUAAUUUCCGUAUUCUUCCAAUUAAUCCAGAAAUCUCUGCCCUGGAUAAAACGGUUUACGAUAAAGGAUUUCUAUUUGACUUACCGUCUUCCGUGAAAUUAGAGGCUUUAAACAAUGAAAUAACAAACAGAAAAAACAGUAUAGUUACUAAAUCUACAAUAACGAAGGGGAAUAAAGGUAACACUCAAAAACAGUUUAAUAAAACUCCUUUUGUAAUUCGAAACCAAUCAACUACUAAUUGUAAUCAAUACAUCGAAAACUGUGAUCUCAUCUCUAUUCAUAAAUCGCUUCCUGCUGAUGUGACAAAUUAUCAGUCUUCCAAUGAUUUUAAUUCUAUGAACGACUCAUUAGGUCCCAUUCAGUUAGAUGAUGAGACUGAGUUUGUGAAUUCUACCUUCCCACCAUUUUUUAAUGUUAAUAAUCUUACAUCUCAGUCGAAACAGAUCAAAUUAAAGUGUGCUGAUAGAAUUCAAAAGAAUUCCUAUCAGUCUCAUCGACAAUUUCCUAUGAAUUGUCAGAAAAUGUCUGUCCAUUACCGAAAGUAUCAAUCUAACUCUCUUGGGGAACCUUCAGAUCGGCCUAAUUGUUCUCAAGACUGUAAUGCACCUUGUCCUUCAUUGUCUUCUACUGGAAGAGUUGACAAUGUAAAUGAUUCCCGUACUGGAACUGAAUUCAUACGAUCUUUAAUGGGUGGCGACGCUGCCUAUUCAUUAUUACGUGAUUCUGGAUUAUACUAAUGGAAUAGAUAUACAGUGAUUACUAAUAUUUGAUUUAACAUUGAUUAGCCUUUUUUCUCCUGAAUAGCAAAAUAAUAUCUGGUUAUUUCAGACUUUUAUGCAUUUACUUACAUAGUUGCUUUAGUCAUAAACUGUCGUUAAUUACUUUCUAGGAGUACAAAUAAUUUUUUUUUCUCAAAUCAUCGAUUUAUAUAAAGAUGUUUGCUUUCUUAAAUGACUUCUGCUCAGUAUUAUUAUUUUUUUUAAUUUUGUGCUUAAUUUUUAUUCCCCUAUUAAAUUGUUUUUAAUUUUUGUAAUUUGUAUCUUAUAUUUAUACCUAUUUUAUUUUGAAUCUAGUCUCCUGUGCUUGCCUCAUCCAUCCUCUCUCUCUUCCUGUAUGAAAGUAGUAUGGUGAUGUAUUCAGCACGACUAUCAUUUCACUUAUUAUUAUUACUAUUAUUAUUUUAUUGCAUCAACUAGUUUUCUUACCCUUUUUAGCUACUUGCAUUAUAGAUAUAUAUACUUCAUUCUGAGUCUCUUUCUUACAUAAGAUCAUUGCUACACGUUUGUGUUCUCCCUUAAUUUAAAUUCAUUCAUACGCUUAUAUCUUCAUAUAAUUCUAUUUGUUGUAUCUACAAUUGAUUGUUUUCAUGUAUCAUGUAAUCUUGUUAAGCAUAUGUGAUCUUGUUGCAUAAAAAUGCAAUGCUGCGAAAUAUUUUGUCUUAUUAAAAGAAGCAAUUCUCUUUAGCUUUUUGUGUGCGUUGGUGGCACAGCGGUUGGGACUCUCGCCGACCAUGCAUAUGAUCCGAGGUUCGAUCCCCUGCCGACGCACACCCGAUAUCAAUUGUUGGCCUGCAAAAUUUGGGCUACCGAUAUCUCAUGCUGAGUAUUCCGUACCUGUACCAAAAAUACUGUGUGGUUUCAAUCUAUAGUCAAAAUAAAAAUGAAAUAUAAAGAUUAACAGGCAUUAUAAAAGUUCAUGCAUUUAUUCCCCUUGAUAAAUUUGAAUAAAGCGAGAACAACAUUGAUUUGUGCAGAAUAACAUGGUACCAUCAUUUAUUUCGUUGGCUUCUCGUCAGCUGCUUACAGCCUAAAUAAA